AUGAAGAACAAGGAAGGCUGGGACGGCAAGCUACGGGUAGAGCCUAAGGCUGUCAUCACGAACCCCGAGGCCCUAGAGGACUCGGACUACUCCGACCCAGAUGCGCCGCCCGUGGAAGAGAUCGACGCGGACGAGGACCUCUUGGAAGAUGAGGAUCUAGACACAGAGGAGAUCGACCUGGUUCACAUGCGCAUAAAGUCCCUUCCCGCGCUGCGCCUGGAACGUUUUUCGAAGCUUCAGAGGUUAUGUUUCCGCCAAAACGAAAUAACUCGCAUCGAGUUCCCCUCCAAUGUCGCCGCGUCGCUGAAAGAACUCGAUCUCUACGAUAAUCUCAUCUCGCAUAUCAAGAACCUCGAUGAAUUCGACCUGACGACCUUGGACCUCAGCUUUAACAAGAUUAAGCAUAUCAAGAAUGUGUCACAUCUUACCAAAUUGACGGACCUGUUCUUCGUGCAGAAUAAGAUCUCCAAGAUCGAAGGGUUAGAGGGGUUGACUGAGCUGCGGAAUUUGGAGCUUGGGGCCAAUCGUAUUAGGGAAAUCGAGAACCUGGACACCCUCAAGUCGUUGGAGGAACUUUGGCUCGGCAAGAACAAGAUUACAGAGAUGAAGAACCUCGACUCCCUAACCAACCUCCGCAUCAUCUCCAUCCAAUCCAACCGUCUCACCAACCUCACAGGGCUCUCCAACCUCCCCAACCUUGAAGAGCUCUACUUCUCCCAUAACGCCGUGACCGACCUCUCCGGUUUGGAAAAGAACACCACUUUGCGCGUCCUGGACUUCUCCAACAACCAGGUCGAGCACCUCGAGCACCUAUCCACUCUCAAGAACCUGGAAGAGGUCUGGGCAUCGAACAAUAAGCUUUCCAGCUUCGAGGAAGUUGAGCGCGAGCUGAAGGAUAAGGAAAAGCUGCAAACCGUCUAUUUUGAAGGCAACCCGUUGCAGAUGAACGGGCCUGCUGUAUAUCGGAAUAAGGUGCGGUUGACAUUGCCGCAAGUUGCUCAGAUUGACGCGAAUUACGUACGUGUUUAA